AUAAAUGUCCAAACUGUGUCCUCUCUUCUCUUUUGUAACUGCAAGCACACAAAUUGGGCUGUGUGUGAAAAGGCAUUUUGUGCAGCAAGAACCACAGAUGUCCCUGGAGCAUCCACACAGCACCACCUUGUCCUGUGUGUGUGUGAGAGAGCGAGCGAGCGAGCUGAUACUGAACUACAUUUUAGGGCCAAGUUAAAACAGUGCAGUGAGUGUGUUGCAUGUUUUCACACCACAAGUAGUGACAGGUGCAGUACAGCGAUCAUACAACCUGCUGCUGCCCAAAGAAUAAUGUCCCCCUUUGAGGAGGAGACACAGCUGGGAUGACCGCCGGGUGGGACAGAACAGGAUCGGCCUGUUGGACAGUGACACCACAGGAAGUGUCCUCCUUAAAUGGGCACAGAACACAGAGGGGACCCAAACAUCAGGGCAAGCUGGUUCUUCUGGGUGUGGCAACAUUCCUUCAUUCCACCUCCACUCUGAGUCCUGAAACAUGCACGCAAAGAAAAAAAAGGCCUGCGGCUCACAAGCCUGUCCUCGAGCGCUGUCUCCACGUCCACAGUGGAUCCACCACACGCCCGGCUCCGCCUCCUCAAUGGGGUAAAGUUGGCAUGUGGCCGUUGGCAACACCGUCCGUCUGUCGGCGGUGGCUGAAGGUGACGUCAUGGCGGGGAGCUCCUUCGGCCGCUGUACGUGCGCCCCCCUCAUUGCCAUGGUACCCGUCGCCUGAGUGCACCCCCACCAGGUAGGAGAAUUUGAUGGUGUAAAAGGUGGUAAUUUAUAGCGGAGUGCAGGGUGUGCGAUUCCACCGUCUGUGGAGAAGAGGUUCCACAGCGGAGCAGCAUGGGGUGGGAACGGGCAGCUCGUCAUGGAACACGCGCAACAGGUGCUGAGAGCCGGGAAGAUGGGGUCGAUCAGGGUAAAAUGGUGUGAUACAGCUGGAAAGUGAUGGUGUAUUUAUAUCUGAUACCUGUCAAUGUGUGCGACUGCAGCAGUGCGAAUGAAGCUCCUUAUGAUGAUGAUGAUGAUGAUGUCUCAUUUCGGGGAGCAAACCGACAAGACGGUUGGGACACAGUUUGGCGCCGCAAACAUUUUACUGUGUUUCUUGCCUGUGUUUUCACUCAUGGGUUUGAUCAGGUGGAGCUGAUGGCCUCGAGCUUCGUGCACCACAAGGCAGGACGAACUGGUUCUUCUGUGCGUGUGUGUGCGUUUGUGUGUAUCCUGCGUCCCUCCUGUAGGAGUGUUCUGUGUUGUGUGUCCCUCAUGCGCUCUGCAGGCUCACAGUGUCCCAGGGCUCUUUAGGAAAAGAUGCUGCAGAGAAAGUGAAGGACGGAGAUGCAGCGCAGGUACAAGCUGAGGAUCAGUGUGGUAAUUAGUGGUGCGAACACACACACAGGGAGUACGGUGUACGGCCCCCCGCCAGGACCCAGAAACUGCGGUACGGCUACACAGCUGUCAGUGGCGUGUGUUUUUUCUCUCUGUCGCUGUCACUGGGAUGGUGCUGCUGGCCUUCAGCGUGACGUCACAGCAUCCGCUACCUGUUAAUGCUAUGUGGGCGGCUUUGCGUCGUCGGAAAAUGUCUGGAAAGCAACGCUCUUCUUUCUCGCUCGUCGAAGGGAUCCGGGUCUGACCUCAUGGCUCAGCUGUCUAGGUCCGGAACAGGGGGCAACGCCAUGGAGGAUCCGCCAGCCCCGGGUGACAGCCAGCGAAGCUCCGAGGAGUUUGAGUCUCUUUUCUCCACUCAAGCUGCACUCGCCUGCUACAAACAAAGAAGCGAAGAGUUCAAGAAGUUAUUCAAAGAGCUGCCAGAAGCAGAGCGCCUCAUAAUGGACUUUGCCUGUGCCCUCCAGAGGGACAUCCUGAUGCAAGGACGCCUCUACCUGUCUGAGCACUGGCUGUGUUUCCAUAGCAACGUCUUCUGGGGGACAACGCUCAUGGUUGCCUUGAAAAACAUCACCGCCAUGACCCGGGAGAAGACGGCCAGGAUCAUCCCCAACGCCAUCCAAAUCUGUACCGAAGCGGAAAAGCUCUUCUUCACGUCCUUCUCGGGAAGGGAGAAGAGCUUCCAGGGCAUCUUCCGGCUGUGGCAGAAGAGCGUGGCGGACAAGCCGCUGACGGAGAGCGAGCUGUGGCUCAUGGUCCGACACCACUAUGGAAACGAGCUGGAGCUGGAGCUGAGCCUCGACGACAUGAUGAUGAUGAUGACGGACGGCGUGCAGGUAGCGGAGGGCGGCGCGCGCGCCAGCACGUCCACUAGAGCGGGAGGGGAGGACCACACCGGGAGACCGGCGGAGAGGCCGUCCUCCCUCCGCCUCGCGCAGGCCGAUGGCGCGCCGGGCAACGGGAGCUCUCCCGUCCGGGACGAGACGCGGUCGACCCCCGCGGCGCCCUGCGGAAACUCCCUGAACGCGGAAGACUCUCGUUCUCAGCCGUCCCGUCACAGGACCCCUGACGCAUCCCUGGACAGGGUGACUCCGGAAAGAGUUUCGAAGCGGUCCGAGCCGUCUGUGGAUCGGACCGUCCAGGAGAAGGGCCCCAAAGCGUCCGAAGCGUCUCUGGACCGAAGUGCCUCGGAAAGGGGUUCCAAACGCUACGAAGCGUCUCUGGACCGAAGUGCCGCCGUAAGGGGUUCCAAACGUUUGGAAGCAUCCGUGGACCAGACCGUACCGGAAAAGGGUUCGAGUCGCUCUGAACCGUCUUUAGAUCGCACCGCCCCGGAAAGGGGUUCCAAGCGAUCUAAUGCAUCUCUAGACCAUUCUGCUGCGGAAAGAGGUUCCAAACAGUCUGAGAUGUGUUCGGAACCUAGUGCACAAGAACAGCUUGGCAAGCGGUCCGACUUCCCUCUUGAUCUCAACGAUAACGGCGAUGUGUUGGACUACAGCAGCUCGGAAUGUGCAGCAGAAGAGGAGCGCUUGUGUCCGUCCCAAGUCCAGGGCAGGGUGUUUGUGAACCGGGUCUUCCACAUAAGUGCCGACAAGAUGUUUGAGCUCCUUUUCACAGACUCGCCCUUUAACCGCAGGUUCAUGGGUGCUAGGAAGGUCACGGGUUGCACCGCUACACCUUGGCAGAAAGACACCUCUGACUCUGUGAAGAGGACACUGACCUACACAGUCACGAUAACCAACCCGCUGGUAGGAAAGUCCUCCAGAGCCACCGAGACCCAGGUCCUGUACAAGAAGAAGCAUGAGGAACAGCACUACAUGGUGGAGACAGAGGUGUACAUGCAUGACGUUCCUUACCACGACUACUUCUACACCCUCAACCGUUACUGCAUCAUCUACAACUCCAAGCGCAAGUGUCGCCUCAGGAUACACACUGACGUGAAGUACAAGAAGCAGCCGUGGGGUUUGGCCAAGUCCUUCAUCACGAAGAACUCCUGGAGUGGUUUGGAAGAAUACUUCAGACACCUUGAGGCAGAGCUGCUGGACGAAGAGGCGGAGCUAACGCAAGGGCCCGGGGACCUCAGCAAGGCGGGGGGUCUUCGCAGGCGCCGCAGGGCCUACAGCCGAUCGCUGCCGGAACACUUGAAACCCGGCAAGCAGUACUCCGGGGAUGCGGGUCAGCGCCGGGAGAGCCUUGCAGGGGGUCUGGACACAACGGGCCCAAAGAGGUGGAACCUCAGCACCAUUGUGGCAGCCAUGAGCUUCUUACUUCUGCUCCUCACGUUACUGAACUUGGGCCUUUUCUUCAAGCUGUGGGCAAUGGAGGAUGUGGCCCAGCAAAUGUACCUGAGCACCAAGCAGAGGCUACAAGAGAGGCCGCACUCCAGUUUGAACCCAGACCUUGGCUCCCGUCCACUCUCUCCCAACAGAAGCAAAGAGGAUAUUCAGCUGCUGAGGACUGUGUUGGAGGAAUCCAUUCAGUUGCUGGAACAGCUGCGCAGCUCUCUGGUGGUCCUACAGCACAUUUUCCAGGUGCGCAAUGACACGAGCCCUCAUCGGUGAUCCCGGCCAAACGGGCCCAUGAAUGACCGCGGCGGCUGGACUUCCCACCCUGAGGACCGAGUGCUGCCUGGUACCUCAUGGAAGACGGGAGGGUCUUCGCCAAACUCUGCUCAGCUCUGGUGUUUCCGCUGCCUGGUGAUUAGCUGGGGCACCGAAUAACCUUGCAGAAUCAUAACGGUGGUGAUUUCCACUUUACGUUGGUUUACUUCAAUUUAGAGUUAAGUUCUUCAGUUCUUCUUGCGUUUAGAAGUCCCUGCUGAGAGGCUGAAGCUGUGAAAUGUACUGUAGAUUUAUGAUGAAUCACAGAAGUGCUAUGUCUGCAUGUACUGUAUUCCUCAAGAUGUGUGUGUGAGAGGGAGGGAGGGAGGGAGGGAGGAACAUAGUGUGAACAUGUACUGCUGGCAGCUUACCAGAGUACAGGAUACUCCAGACCCUGAGGUCUGCGUUAUGGUGCAGCUGAUUAAAUUUUAAAUUUUGAUUCCAUGUUUUUUCCCCUCGGUUUUAAAAAACAAUUUUAAUAGAAUUUUAUACAUAUGUGUAUAGAUGUUUAUUAGUAAAUAAUUUAAUGUAUUUAAUGCAGGAUACAUUUUUUUUUGUGAACGUAUUUCCCGAAGCCUCAGGUUUGCUCCGACACAUGUUUGUUCCUUCAACAGCGCUCGAUUCCGCUGUGAAUCUGAGCUCAAGUGAAGUUUGCAAGUUUGCAGCCGUAGUUUAAAAGUGUUUCCUUGUAUUGGGGGGUAACAACGUAUCGCAUUCCUGCGCUGUGCUUGUGUGUUUGGGGGAGCAUCCCCUCAUGUGUGCGGUGACAUGGUUCUGGUUCAACACGCACACUUCUUUUUUUUUUUUUUUUUUUUUUCCUGGGGGGGGUUGUACUUCUCUAGAAUUUUCACUUUUGUUUUAGGUCUCUUACUAAAUGUACAAGUGUGAUUGCGCACAUGAUUUGUAUUUGGUUCGUGGAAAUAAUUCUCUUUUCAUUGCUUUCCAAUAAAAAGGUUCCCUUUUCUAAGUGUCCCUUUUAAAUGGGCGA